AAUUGUUGUAGGUUGGUUCAUUACAAAUUUCUUACUUGUUCACGUUAUUACUUAUGGUGACGCCUAUUGAGAAAUAUACUUUAGGAAAUCCAUGUAAUAAUGGUCAUCUGGACAAAGAUGAUGAUGAAAAUGAUGACGAUGAUGAAAUUAGUCUAAGUUCUGAUGAUGAAAUUAAAUUAAAUAAUGGUUUAGAAAGAAAAAAUUCACAAUCUGUUUGGUUUCGUGCACAAAAACGUAUUGUUGGUCGAGUUCUACAAAAUGAUCAAUCUAUCAAAUCAAUCAUUGGUAAAAGAGCUUAUGAAUCACUUAAAUCUUUACGUUCUUUAAUGAAAUUACAUAUAAAACCUGAAAAAGAUGUAAAACAAUUAUAUAAAUAUUUAAUUAAAACAAUUGGAAAAAUUGGUGUUAUAUCAAAACAACAAAAUUUAACUGAAGAAGAUUAUACAAAUAUUAAUGAAAUUAAAGAGAAAAGUCGUACAAUUGGUUUGACAUUAAUAAGUUUUGCACAAACUGAAUAUACAUAUAAUUAUAAUUUUAUUAAAGAACAAAUAGAUGAUUGUAAAGAGAUUAUAUGUCAAGCUGUAUCAUCAUAUUUAAGUCAAAAAUCAAUUGAACGUAUUAAACAUGUAUUUAAUGUAUUAAGUUCAAGUGAAUUUCUUGAUUCUGUAUAUGAUCCAAAAGCGGAUGAAAUAAAAAAAGCACAUCUUCGUAAUUUAGCUAAAUAUUUAAGUCUUUUAUUAGAACAAAUUAAAUAGAAUAUUGUUUUUAUUCAAUUUAAUUAUUGAAUAAAUAAAAAAAUAAUAAUAACUAUUGUCCCUUUUGUGAUCUUAACAUUUAUGAUACUUGUAUACAUUAACUAUUGAAUUAUAUAUUACAUAUACAUAUGGGUAUAGGUGAUGAUUUAUGUAUCUACCUAGGGUUCAAAACGUUCAGUGACUUUUUUUUCUUCUCCCUAUAUUAUUCAUAUACACACUUAUGUCUACUUAAUUAUCAUUUUGUGGAAACAUACUUAUCUUUCUAUGAAUGAUUAUUCUUAUUCGGAUACCAUGUAUGACAAGUAAUUGUAUGUAUUUUAAUGCUGCAUAGUAUUCAUACUUUGAUUGUAUAUUAUAAUAAUGAAUAUAUAAUUUAUUCAAUUUUCCCUUCUUUAUACUUUUGAUUAUGAUUGUGUUUGUUUCUUUUUUUCACUUUCUAAUGAAAAUUACUUAUUAUCUAUACAUGCACAAGAGAAAAUGACACCCAACUUUUGAUAUAAAUUUUAAAUAAAUAAAAAUUUAAAUUGU